GAUCCUGGAUCUAUCCGAAACAAUUUUUUUAACAGUAACUCAGUCAAUCGGUUUAUUUCUCCUUGUCUCAUUGCAUUUUUCUAUAUUAUUGCGAUGGUCGAAGCUUAUCGUUUUUGCAACGUGCACGGUUUUAUCAGUCCGAAGUAAAGCUGCAACUGCGUCGCACUCUUCGAAAGAUCAAUCAAGUGCUUCAGUGUUCACCAGCAUCAGCCGCACUUGUUGUUACAUCCACAUAAUGCUUCAAUGAAGAAGAAAACGAUGUGGUAAAUUUUUUUGGUGUUCAAGACCUAGUUACUUUUGUCUCUUGAAUUGAUCUCAACGCGAUGGAAAAUAAUUCUGUAUCUCCAAUGCCAGAACUCGCCCCCAUAGCAGAGUUUGACAAAACUCCACCGUCACCAACGGAAGAAACGGCCGUACCGAUGGCAGAUCUUCCAUCACCCCCUAAAACAAUGAGUGCUCAAGAAGAAAAAGCUCAACUGGAAGAGCACAGCAGGCAUUACGAGGAGGAAAAUGAAUGGGGUUGCGCCAACUGGUUUGAAUACACCGUGGUGGUUGUGUUUUCAAGUGUGUUACUGUUAGGAGCUUUAGCUCUUACACUUUUCUGGGUCAUCUACUACAGAGAUGGUUUCGCUUGGCGAGAUGAUGUUAGCAAACAAUUUAAUCUACAUCCCGUUCUCAUGGUUGCUGGAUUUAUCACAUUUAGCGGAUUCUCCGUCCUACUAUACCGUAUUUGUCGUUGUUGUCGCCGAAUUUAUGUGAAACUUCUUCACACGAUAUUCCACGCCCUAGCCAUUCCAUGUGUUGCCAUAGGCUUUUUGGCUGUAUUAGAUUCGCACAAUUUAGCCGAACCACCCAUUCCAAACUUCUAUUCAAUCCACAGCUGGCUAGGCCUCGUUACAAUGGGCCUUUUCGUUAUUCAGUUUGUAAUUGGCUUCUUCAGUUUUCUGGUUUUACUUUGUUGUGAAGGAGCUACCGCAGCUUUUCGAGCGGCUCUUGUGCCAAUUCACGCGUCUUUCGGACUUACGACAUUCGUCCUAGCUGUUGCUUCUUGUCUUACCGGUCUAACCGAAAAAGUAAUAUUCACACUUGGAAAUGCUUAUUCAAGUUGGCCCGAGGAAGGAAUAGUUGUGAACACGUUGGCCAUGGUGCUAGUGGCCCUGGCCAUUUUGGUAUCGUUUGCAGUACGCAGUCCCGUUCUACACUCAAACACGAAAGUGUACGUAACAGAAAGAUUAUAGGACAAGGUGUUAAGUGUUGAUGGUGUUUUAGAUUGUAAAAGAACUAGCAGUUUACAGGACAUCGACGAGACCAAGGAUCGCUUCUAAAUGCCAAAAUAUCAAUUACUAAAGACGUUUUGUAUACCGAAAUAAAUGUCUCUGUAUUUGACAACACGAUGGUACCAAGCUGCAUGCCUCAAUAUUAUAUUAUAUUAUAUUGUAUA